CCGGUAACCCUUUCCUGCCCGGAGCCGCGGCAUCCUCAUUAACCCUUUCCUGCCUAGAGUCACGGGGAGCAGCAUUAACCCCUCCGUGCUCAGAGACGAGGACGUAUCAUUGACCUUUCCCAUUAGAGGGGUAAUUAACCCCUUCCUGUCCACCCUGCACUCGCUGUCAGAGCCUGGACAUUAACUCUUUCCUUGCAGAGCUCCAAAGAGCUAACAGAUAUUAACCCAUGGCUUGCCGUGCAUCAGGUUAUGUUGUUCCGACGGCUUCAGCUUCGAGAGCGCGAUAAAGAGAAGGGCUGACGCCGUCACCCUGAUGGUCAUCGGCCUCCGCUCCCGAGACCCCGAGCCUUUCCCCCGAGCCUCCUGAGGCUGCGUCUCGUCUCGAGCAAUGAGCGGCUCCAAGGUGUCCUCUGAGAUCCACGAAAUCGUGUCCUCUGUAAUCCACAGCCCGCCCCCCGAGGCCCCUCCGGCCGCGGCCCUUCGUUAUGAGGAUGACGGGGAUGCGAUCCAGGCGCUGGGUGUGGAAAGGUUUGAGGAGAUCCUGCAGGACGUCCACCCGCGGAGCCCGACCGAACUCGGCAAGAGCUACAGCGAGGAGGACUUCCAGUAUCACAGGCACUCCUCUCACCACAUCCACCACCCUCUCUCCUCUCAUCUGCCCUCCGACUGCGGCGGCCGGGACGGCCGAAAACACAAGAAGAGGAGGAGAAGGAAGAGGAGGGCGUCUGUGGCCGGAGAUACCCCGGGAACCAUCCCCGAGAGAGAGGAGGAGGAGGACGAGGAGGACACCGACGACGACAAAACCCCGGAGGAGCGAGUCGAAGCGGCAGACACACAGCUCUUACUGUUUGAGGGGAAUGUCUCUCCCAGGAAUGGUGGGCUGCUUUCCGUGUCACUUUCAGAUGGAAAAGUCAGUGAGCAGACCCCGGAGGAGAAGCCCAAAGGAGGAGAGGCGGAGGGAGCGGGAGAGUCCAUUGGGAACCCUCGUCACCCCCAUCGCCAGCCGCCCCACCGCAGUUACAGCCUCACUGAGCGCCGGCGGAUCGGCAGCAUGACCCACUCCGAGGACACGCGUUACCAGCUGGUACCGACAGACGAGAGCGAAGCCCAAACGCUGGCCUCUGCCGACCUGGACUACAUGAAGAGCCACCGGUUCGAAGACCUUCCGGCCGUGCGCCGGCAUCUUGUGCGUAAAAGCAAAGGCCAAGUUAUUCACAUCAGCAAAGAGCACAAAGAGCGUCACCCGCACCGCAAGAGCGUCACCCUUCAGCCCCACGAGGUGUUUGUGGAACUCAACGAGCUCGUCGUAGACAAACACCAGGAGCUGCAGUGGAAGGAGACGGCUCGCUGGAUAAAGUUCGAGGAGGACGUGGAGGCCGAGACGGACCAGUGGGGGAAACCUCAUGUGGCCUCCCUGAGCUUCCGUAGCCUGCUGGAGCUGAGACGGACGCUGUCUCACGGUGCCGUCCUCCUGGAUCUGGACCAGAGAACGUUACCGGGGAUCGCCCAUCAGGUGGUGGAGCAAAUGAUCAUCAGCGACCAAAUAAAAGCCGAGGACCGAGCGAACGUGCUGAGAGCGCUGCUCCUAAAACACAGCCACCCCAGCGAUGAGAAGGACUCCUCGUUCUCCCGAAACAUUUCAGCCGCCAGCCUGGGCUCUCUGCUCGGACAUCACAGCACCAAUCACCUCGCCCAGAACAGCGAGCCCAACCUGACGGACCCCCUGAUGGGGGGAGACCCUGCCGAGCAGGAGACCAAGAUCGACGUGGAGCGAGAGAGAGACUCGGUCCCCUCCUUGCCCUCCAUCCAACGCUCCAAAUCUAAACAUGAACUGAAACUUCUGGAGAAGAUUCCAGAGAAUGCGGAGGCCAGCGUGGUGCUUGUCGGCUGCGUGGAGUUCUUGGAUCAGCCGACCAUGGCGUUCGUGCGUCUCCAGGAGGCCGUGGAGCUGGACUCCGUGUUAGAGGUUCCUGUCCCUGUGCGCUUCCUCUUCGUGCUUCUUGGACCGAGUUCGUCUAACAUGGAUUAUCACGAGAUCGGGAGGUCCAUCUCCACCCUCAUGUCCGACAAAUCUUUUCACGAGGCUGCCUAUCUUGCUGAUGACCGUCAGGAUCUCCUGAACGCUAUUAAUGAGUUCUUAGACUGCAGCGUGGUCCUGCCGCCCUCUGAAGUGAUGGGUGAGGAGCUGCUCCGCUCUGUCGCUCUGUUCCAGAGGGAGAUGCUUAGAAGACGCCAGGGGCAGGAGAAGAAGCUUCUCGAUGAGCCCAGUACCCCCGAGGAUAAAGCUCUGCUCACAAAGUCGGCGGUGGUCGGUGGGACAGAUGAUGAUCCCCUGCGCAGGACGGGCCGGCCUUUUGGUGGCCUCAUCAGGGACAUCCAGCGUCGUUACCCUAAAUAUGUUAGUGAUUUCCGGGAUGCUCUCAAUGCACAAUGCAUGGCAGCCGUCAUCUUCAUCUACUUUGCUGCACUCUCUCCAGCCAUCACCUUUGGUGGUCUCUUGGGUGAGAAGACCCAGGGGCUUCUGGGGGUGUCGGAGCUGAUUAUUGGGACCUGUCUACAGGGGGUGAUUUUCUGCCUCCUGGGGGCGCAGCCGCUGCUGGUUGUCGGAUUUUCAGGACCACUGCUGGUGUUCGAAGAGGCUUUUUACACUUUUUGCUCCGCUAACGGGUUGGAGUACCUCGUGGGCCGGGUGUGGAUCGGCGUGUGGCUUAUAGUGAUCGUCGUGGCCAUGGUGGCCUGUGAGGGCAGCUUCUUGGUCCGUUUCGUCUCAAGAUUUACACAAGAAAUCUUCUCGAUCCUCAUCUCCCUGAUCUUCAUCUACGAGACUUUCUACAAACUCUUCAAGGUUUUCCAGGAGCAUCCGCUCACCAACUGCAACCUGAACCAGAGUGAGUCCCAGCAGGAGAACGGGGCGGGUGGCUUCCCAGAGAACGGGGCGGGUGGCUUCCCAGAGAACGGGACGCGUGGCUUCCCAGAGAACGGGACAGAGUCGAGAGCCAGCGGCCCGGUGAUGGGGCAGCCGAACACGGCUCUGCUCUCCCUGGUGUUGAUGGCCGGCACCUUCUUUAUCGCUUUCUUCCUACGCAAGUUAAAGAAUAGCAACUUCUUUCCUGGGAGGGUGCGCCGGGUCAUUGGAGAUUUUGGGGUUCCGAUUGCCAUCCUGAUCAUGGUUCUUGUGGAUUUCAGCAUCACUGACACGUACACUCAGAAGCUGAGUGUUCCUAGUGGUUUCAAGGUGACCUCACCGGAUAAACGUGGCUGGGUGAUCAACCCACUUGGGUCCGACCAACCUUUCCCCAUCUGGAUGAUGUUUGCAAGUGUCCUACCGGCCAUACUGGUCUACAUCCUGAUCUUCAUGGAGACCCAGAUCACAACUCUGAUUAUCAGUAAGAAGGAGCGAAUGCUGGUGAAGGGAUCCGGAUUCCACCUGGAUUUACUCCUCAUUGUGGCCAUGGGGGGGAUUUGCGCCGUUUUCGGGUUACCAUGGAUGGCGGCCACGACUGUUCGUUCCGUGACACACGCCAACGCGCUGACCGUCAUGAGUAAAGCCGUGGCCCCUGGAGACAAGCCCAAAAUCCAGGAGGUGAAGGAACAGAGAGUCACCGGCCUACUGGUGGCCAUUCUUGUGGGGCUCUCCAUUGUAAUCGGGGAUCUCCUUCGCAAGAUCCCAUUGGCCGUUCUCUUCGGGAUCUUCCUGUAUAUGGGGGUCACUUCGCUCAACGGCAUCCAGUUCUAUGAGAGAAUUCAGCUUCUGCUGAAGCCCCCAAAGCAUCAUCCGGACGUCAUCUACGUCAAGAAGGUGCGGACGCUGCGCAUGCAUCUCUUCACAGCGCUGCAGCUGGUUUGUCUUGCAAUACUCUGGGCAGUGAUGUCGACGGCUGCGUCUCUGGCCUUCCCCUUCAUCCUCAUCCUCACCGUCCCCCUCCGCAUCUUCCUACUGCGGCGAAUCUUCACUGAACGCGAGAUGAAAUGCCUGGAUGCUGAUGAGGUGCAGCCCAUCUUUGAUGAGCAGGAGGGAGUGGACGAGUACAAUGAGAUGCCGAUGCCAGUAUAGUGCCCGCUGUGUCACUGUGCCUUGGGGCAGAAAUGCUGUAUAGAGAGCUGGCAGGUGCCCAGCCAUUACCCCUAGUGCCCCCACCCACUCACACUGUGUCCAAAUUGUCCCCUCACAUCCUACAAUCAAGUAUAAAAGUGGCUAUAGAAGGAGGCUGAAGGCCGGACGGGUCUCCAGAGACUCUGCUUUCCCCCAUAGAUGUCAGACCACCUGCUGCCGUGGCGGGGGCCUGGUGGACCGGUAGCUGCCCUCUGAGGUGCUGGGGCAUCAAAGCUGUUAUUCUGAGACGUCUACAAGAAGUUAGACUUGUGCCUGCUGUGUCAUGGAGGCCGGGCCCAAGGUUAGAUCUUGCAUAGAUCAAUCGUUAUAUAGGGCCAUGACAACAGCUCCUCAGGGGCUGAGCUUUACACCCAGCAGGAGAGCAAUCGACCAAUGGGCUGUGAAGGUGUGGUCAAACAUAUUUAUAUUUAAUGUAUUUGUAUUAUCCAAAGAGUGUAUAUUCUGCUAUAUACAGAGGUACUGAGUAUUACCAGAAAGGAUUAUUAGCUUUAGGAGAUAACAUGAGGCCAGAUAUACAUGAAAUCUACUGCAUUGUGAUCCAAGAAUCAGCCUCUCAAUACGCAGCACCACUAUGCGGUGCAGCAAGUCCGGUGUUCCUAUAAAGAGACGUAUUCGAGGUUACCCAGUAAAGGGUUCUGCUCUAUGUUAUAAA